UUUUGAACCUUGCGUCUCUCCACGCCUCUACUCUUGAUUCUCCCUCCUUCCUCUUCUUCUCCUCUCCCGUCUUUUCCUAACCUCUGAGGACAGCAGGAUGGAGGACAGGGUGUGGACUGUGUGCUUUCUUGUCAUUCUGACACUGGGAUGGACUGACGCUCAGAGUCACAACUUCACCAGGCCCAUCUUCCACUGUGGAGGCCACCUGGUCACAGACACAGGCAUCGUGGCCAGUGAAGGAUUCCCCAGUUACUACAAACCCAACAGUAAAUGCACCUGGUACAUCACUGUCCCAGAGGGCCACGUGGUCAUGCUGUCUUUCCGCCUCUUCGACAUGGAGGCUGACCCCACCUGUCGGUACGACUACCUGGACGUCUACAAUGGUCACACCCGCUUGGUGCAGAAGCUGGGUCGUUUCUGUGGGACGUUCCGGCCUGGAGCCCUCAUCUCCACCUCCAACACCAUGAUGUUAGACAUGGUGUCAGACGAUGCUACUGGAGGAAGAGGCUUUCUCGCUUCCUUUAGCGCAGGGAAGCCACAUGUGGAAGAGAAUCAGUUCUGUGGAGGACGUCUGACCAAAUCGCAGGGAUCUGUCAAGACGCCCAACUGGCCCAACUCUAAUUACCCAGCAGGCAUCAGCUGCUCCUGGCACAUCUCUGUAGAACCAAGCAAUGUGAUCGAGGUGAAGUUUGUGAAGCUGGACUUGGAGGCUGACAUGUACUGUCGCUACGACUACGUGGCAUUGUUCAACGGGGGAGAGAGGGAUAACUCGCGGCGGAUUGGUAAAUUCUGCGGAGAUAGGUCACCAGGAACAAUAGUGACAAACGGGAACGAGCUCCUUGUCCAGUUCAUCUCUGACCUAAGCGUAACGUCAGAUGGCUUCAUGGCCCACUACUCCAGUGUGCCCCGCGGGUCUCGGAUGCCCACCGUCGGGGGAGACUUCAUCUUUCGACCUGAGACGACCUCCUCAACGCCACAAAGAACAGUCGUGAAGCCAAACAAACCCACCAAACCAACCCCCAAACCUAGGCCUGGCCUCCAGCCUAAACCCACCCCAAAACCAACAAAAAAGCCACUAGUGAAGAUACCGCUGAAACCUCCACCACGCAAACCUAUUGUCAAGCCUGCAGUCAAGCCCACGGCUAAACCCAAACCAGCUAAACCCACACCUAAAGCACCUGUGAAAAAGCCUGCCUCUAAACCUGGAACUACACCUACAUCCAAACCUAAGAUUAUUAAGCCAGCGCUCAAACCAUUCUUGAAGCCUAAACCCACACGUAAGCCUGCACUGAAGACCAAGCCCACCUUAAAACCUGGUGUCAAACCAGUAAAGCCAACCUCCAAGAGUGGAGUUAAACCAACAGCCAAACCCAAGAUUAAGCCUAAGGUGACACCUAAACCUGGAGUUAGCAAAACAGUGACGAAGAAGCCUUUUGUGAGCAAGAAACCUUUACCACUGAACCCACUGUGUAUAAAAGCCUGUAAGAGGACAGGAACUCUCCAAUCCAGCUUCUGCCCUCAUGACUUUGUGAUUACGGGUAAGGUUACAUCUGUGACCACUGGUCCGAGGGGCUCAGCGACAGUUGAGGUAUACAUAAUCAAGGCCUAUAAGGCAGGACAACUGAACAUCACCAAAUCAGGGCCGAUCAUGUUGGUCACAUUGACCUCCACCUGCAAGAGAUGCCCUGGGCUACUCAAAGGCCGGAACUACGUGUUGAUGGGAAAUGUCGACGCACAGGGCAACGGCCUUCUCAGCCCCUCCAGCUUCACUCUCCUCUAUAAGCCCAUCCACGCCAAAGCACUGGCCAACCUCUCACGCAAAUCAUGCUAACAUUACAGGCCAGCCCACCAAAGAUGGACAGCCCUGACUAGCUGUCUGAAAACAUGUAACUUAACAUAAAGAGUGAAAAUAUUAUGCAAACCUAAUUUUUUACACAAUGCAAUACUGUCGUGAAAAUUAUUUAAAAGAAUAAACAUACAUCAGUAAGUAUAAUAUUUUGUAUUUUGUAUGUAAUUGUAUUUUAACAUUUCUAUGAUAAAACAUGGGCAUCAAUAAACCAUGAUUUUAAUAUUUCCUUCCUGGUAUUUUCCAUUAAGUAUGACAUGUAUAUCAGACACAGAUCAAAACACAGAUGAAGUUUAUUGUCAUUCCACCAACCACCCUGAAUUGGGAUCUACUGUGUAGGUUUGUUGUCUUUUAGUUCAAUCCAACUUUAUUUAUCCCCCACAAGGGCGUGCAUAAUCAUCAUCAUCAUUACCACCAUCAGUCUUGCUUUGAAUCGUAUCCUAAAUAUUAAGAAAUAGAAACCCGACUUAUGAAUGAGUUUUCUUUUUUUUUUUUUUAUCUUUUUCUGCUGGAAAAUAAAUGCAUCUUGCAGAUAUAGGUUCCCCUUCCCCCUUUGUGCUAAGCUAAGCUAACCAGCUGCUAGCUAUAGCUUCAUUUUAACAGUACAGACAUGAGAAUGGUGUCAUUCUUCUCAUCGAACUCAUGUGUAUAUAUAUAUAUAUAUAUAUAUAUACACACUCAAUAUAACAAAUUGGCAAAUAGGAGAAUUUAAUGAGUUUUCACAUUGUAAAAGAGACCAUGUGGUUUGUUGACCAGUAUCCCAUGUGUCUGUCUGGUAUCUGAGUGUUUGUUCAGUCAGUUUGUGCCAGGCAUUGCCCUCGUCAGCUUCGUAUAGAAUCCCCACCAAAUUUCCCGAUCUCUAUCAGCAGCUAUUAAUUCAUGUAAUGGGGACCUAUCUAGCUUUGUGGUGGCACUUGGAUGUUAUAUUUGAUGCCUUGUCAUCGUGGUCCCCAUUUUUCUGGUUUGGUAGUUUAAUGGUUACAUAAUUAUUUUUUUUUCCAUUAUGGAGGUGUGGACAGUUUAACAUGAGCUAUUUUAGUGCUAUUGAUUUUAAUUCAGAAUCAUUUUUCUCCAACUUAACUGGGUUUUCUUUAUGAGGCAUUGCAUGUCAUGUGGUAAGCUUUUUUCUUAACCACACUUUCGUCACACUCGUCUAUUAGUUUAUACUCAGCAGAAAUACAGUUUCUAUUUAACAUAUAAAUACAUUUCUAUUUUCAUUUCAAGAGUUAACAGGUUUAUUUCUCUUUUGCAAAUUCCCAUGCAUAUCAUAUCUCUGCUGAUUUGCUUUGCCUGUUUUUUUUUGCAUGCAUGCAUGUUUUUGUUCUUUUGCUGCAGCUGUUUUGCUUUGUCUGUUUGUAUUACUGCUUGUGUAUGCUAUCUUGUUCUGUUGUUGUAUAGCCCAAUGCUUGUGUGGCCUAUGUAAGUAGUGGAUGUGUUGGAAAUGUUUGGAUGUGUCUUUUUAAUUUUUGACAUUUCUUUUUUAGCCCCUCUCCCUCAAGAGGCUGUGUCUUUUGUCAGGCUGCCAUUGUAAAUAACAAUGUGUUUUUCUUAGUAAAUAAAAAAUAAAAGGCAAA